AGUUGAGUACAGCACAAUCACUGGCAGGCUGUGUUGUGCACAGCUGCCUGGUUAAGUUACAAGUACCUCAGCCGCCUUCCUUCCUUAGCUCCCCCACGUCUUAUAUACUCCCUCCGACCUAUCCUGUAACCUUUCCAUCUGAUCAAAAUGCACUUUGAGUUUCCGUGGCUUAAGGAUUUGUGCAAGGUCAUCGCAAUUCGUUUGAGGCGUCCCACUAAGAACAGACGCAAACGUGGCUUGACAGACACCGACCAUGAGGGCGAUGGUUCCAUUCCUGCAGGCAUCCCCAUUGCCCCUCCCUCUCCUUCACCAACCCUACCUUCAAAUCCAUCGUCCUCAGACCCUAUUUCUGUUUCUGCGCCCAGAGACCCAUGUCUCGAAGUAUCUGCCAAUAUUUCUUCCUCAAAAUACUCAGUAUCCCUUGCCCGCGAAGCUUCCGACAUGGCUCAGUUCGCUUUGCCCUUCGUACAGGCCUUUGCAGAUGUAAUCCCACUCGUCGGCGCUCCGACAAAGGCAGCUAUUGGUGGAUUAUUGGAAGUCCUUCAAGCUAUAGAUGUAAGAGCUUGUGCGGACCUAGAUAGCCUGAAGUUACGACUCCAUCAACUAGGCCACCAUUUGUGCAAUGCCCCACCUCCCCGUGAUCCUCUUGAACAAUCCCGGAGGGAUUCCAUAGUUAGGGUCCUAGAAGAGACCUCAGCCCAACUGACAAAGUUACAUAAAUGUCGUCGUCUCGUAUACGCAUCCGUCACACAAGUUAUCGCCAGAUGUUCCACUGCUAUCGACCGUUAUCUCUUGGAGUGUCUGUGGACGUCCCAAAUGCAAAGUCAAAAUGACAUACGCGAAAUGAAGGACUUAAUCAUCCGCACACAGUUCUCUGUGGGACCGUCUCCAAUGCAGUCAAUCGGAACUUUUGCGCUUAGCUGCGUCACACUGGUAGACGCAACAGGCCACGAACAUCCAGUAUUAGUGAAUUUCUGCACCUCAUUUCAGCAACUCAAUGACAUGCUCCAAGUUCUGUUUAAACGCGAGUCGAUUGAAGCCCGAAUUCAGAGACGGUAUAUCGAGGAAGGACAUUACUAUUUGUGCAUCGACGAGGGCACUGAAGUAACCCGACUUACAAGCGAUGAAUGGUCAACGAUUGAAGCAGGCACGAAGAUCGUCAUGAGGGUAAUCAUUGAACAGCAGAUGACAUCAUCCUUGGGAGUGUCCUACAAGUGUCAUUUUUGUGGCGCUGAGAAUCACCUUGGUCUCGGGUCUAUUAUGUAUUCGCUUCGACGACGGGCUGGUUGUUCGAUCGAUUGUCGAGAAUGCAAACGACGGUUUCAGAUCUCCCGGAAAUAUUUGAGUGCGAUGGAGAGCACUCAAUGUUCUAACAUUGACUCCAAUCACACGGCUGACCCCGAAAUGCUCGUUAUUCGCAACUUUCAUGUCCAGCAAACUGUUUACAGCUCAUGAUUUGUCACGCGCUGCUUACCGGAAGACUGAUGGUGCCACGGCGAUGUCCCGCUCUCAGAGAGUGCGUGAUAUCAUUUUUUUGAGUUGCUUACCCGACACUGAUCGAUGUCCCGCUCUCAGGAU